CCGUCCCUCAGCGGCUCCGCGUCUCACAGCCUCAGCGGGAAGCAGCGCUGUAACAUGGUGUAAAGAGAAGGGAAGAUGAACCUCCGCGGAUUCUUUCAGGAUUUUAAUCCGAGUAAAUUCCUGAUCUAUGCGUGUCUGCUGCUGUUCUCCGUGCUGCUGUCUUUACGCCUGGACAGAGAUAUAGAGUGGAGUUACUGGGCCGUGUUUGCACCCAUCUGGCUCUGGAAGCUGAUGGUCAUCAUCGGGGCGUCAGUGGGCACCGGGGUAUGGGCUCACAACCCUCAGUACAGGGCUGAGGGUGAGACCUGUGUUGAGUUCAAGGCCAUGCUGAUCGCUGUGGGGAUCCACCUCCUCCUCCUGACGUUUGAGGUUCUGGUGUGUGACCGUGUGGAGAGAGGGAAACACUUCUGGCUGCUGGUCUUCAUGCCGCUUUUCUUCGUUUCGCCCGUCUCCGUGGCUGCGUGUGUGUGGGGCUUCAGGCACGAUCGUUCGCUUGAGCUCGAGAUUCUGUGUUCUGUAAACAUCCUGCAGUUCAUCUUCAUCGCACUGCGGCUGGAUAAAAUCAUCAACUGGCCGUGGCUGGUGGUGUGUGUGCCGCUGUGGAUUCUCAUGUCAUUCCUGUGUCUGGUGGUACUUUAUUACAUCGUCUGGUCUGUGCUUUUCCUGCGAUCGAUGGAUGUGAUCGCAGAACAGCGGCGCACACACAUCACCAUGGCCAUCAGCUGGAUGGCCAUCGUUGUACCCCUGCUGACCUUUGAGAUCCUCCUCGUGCACAAGUUAGAUGGUCAUUACGAGUCCAAAUUUGUGCCGGUCUUUGUGCCGCUCUGGAUCUCCCUGGUGACGCUGAUGGCAACUACGUUCGGCCAAAAAGGAGGCAAUCACUGGUGGUUCGGCAUUCGUAAGGACUUCUGUCAGUUCCUGCUGGAACUCUUUCCUUUCCUGCGGGAGUACGGCAACAUCUCCUACGACCUGCAGCAUGAAGACUCAGAGGUCUCUGAAGAGCUUCCUGCCCAUGAGCCGCCUAAAAUCGCGCCGAUAUUCCGCAAGAAAACGGGCGUCGUCAUCACACAGAGUCCUGGGAAGUACUUUGUGCCACCACCUAAGUUAUGCAUCGACAUGCCGGAUUAAAAAUAAACUCAGAAUUCUUUGAGCAGAGAGACAGGAGUGUAGUGCCAUGGACCAGAGUUCACUUCAAGUCAGCAGAGGAACACCAGAAGUGAGUGAAACAGACCAGAUGGGAAAAACCAAAACGUUUUAGAGGACCUCAGCUCUUGAGUGCUGAAAACUUUUUACAGAAACCUGCUGAAAAGGGGCUGGAAUGAAGUGAGCACGGCUUGCUGUUUGACUCCCCCCCCGUGAUGUUUUCCACACUCCUACGUUCCAUCACUCCUUUAACCCUCCUUUAACCCUCUGUAGUUUUUCCAGAGUAAGUGGUGUACAAUGUGGAGAAAGUUACAGAGCUAAGCCAAAGAACAUUCGAUGGUUCAUGAAGCUGGAGAAGCUGGAGUAAUGUCCAGGGCUGCCAUUUUUUUUUCUAGCAAUACAUGUUCCAUUUGGGUUUUUUUUCCAAUCUUUGUCCAAGUAUGGCAGCAGCGAACAAUUUAAUUCUUUUGCCAUCACUUGAUGUUUGUAGUUGAUCAGUCAGUGUUUAGUGGAGAAGCUCGAGGACACUGACUCACCAACACACAGCUCAUGUUUUUGUUUAUGGACCAUGUGGAAGUAUUUGUACCCUUAUCACACAGUGAUGUGUGUAUUUAAGAUGACUGUCUGUCGUUUUAUUCUCACUGGCUGACCCGUUUCCUGUUUUAUUAGAGAAAAAUAAUCCAGUUCUGAAGCAGCUCUAUUUAACACUAACAGCUGAAUAUAAGAAACCAUCUUCUCUUCAAGCCAUCACACACGAGGCUUGUGCGAUAUUGAUUUUUCCCUGGUUAUGAUUUACCAUUACGUUUAAUCAUCCAGGACCUAAAAAAAGACAUGAAAACAAGCAUUUUUUAAAAAAAAAAUCACGAUAAACGAUUUAAUCGUGCAGAGCAUUUCCACCGUGUCAUGUGUACGGAGGCUGGAGAGGAGUCACUAUUACAGCUGUGGGGUCAGGAACUGCUUACAGGCAGAGACCAUCACGCACACAGCUGGAUGGGGAUUUGUAGUUUUAAAAAAAAUAUAUAUAUAUAUAUAUAUAUAUAUAUAUAUAUAUAUAUAUAUAUAUAAACUGUAAAUGUUCUCUAUAAUUCCUUUUAUAAAUGAGUUGUGUGAAAUCCACAUGGCCGAUAUUUUCACUGUCGAUCUGCUGCUCAGUGUUUGAAGUGUCUGAGCUCUGACUGCAGCAUGAGAGCAGAAAUACUCGCUCACUUUUUAGUGAUCAUCACCGUUAACAUUAUUCACAGUGUUAGAUUUGAUACUUUGCUGUCAGAAUGUUUACUUUCUUUAAAAGAGUUUUUAAAAAUGUUUUCCUUUUUCUCAUUUGAAAGUUCCAAAAAACAAAAGUGCCACUGUGAACCAUUUUUGGACAAUUUUUUCCCCUAACAGGAACACACUUAUAGAUUUUAUUUCACAUUAAUGAACUAAAACAUUCUCCAUUUCCCGUCCCAGAAACCGAGAGCGCCGCGAGUCCAGUCAAGAGCAUGCGAGAUGGUGGAAGGGGGCGGGGCUUCCAGGUGACGUCAGUUAUCAGAGUUCAGAGCAUCCACACAACUGUUACCGUGGCAAGACACACAGGUGGAGUUACUGUUACGCCGCCCGAAGUAGAUUACAUUCUUAACAUCACAGUGUUGCAGUGUUUUAUUCAGCUUAUACCGCAGCCAUUUCACAACAAUUACACUGUUUAAUUUAUUAACAAACGACACGUCACACAUUUUAACAGUUUAAUGCUGUGGAACAUCUAAGAGACGAAUUAGUUCCUGUUCUCACUUAACGUUAUAGCAGCAAUAAACCUCUCUCGCUCUCGCUCCUGAACACUUUCCUGAGCUGGGAAACUUUGACUGUUACAACUGAAACCCCUUCCAUAAAUGUUAAAUAAACAUCUCCUAAUAAAACAUCAUCACAUCAAUGAUUAUACAUUUUACUUUAUUGGAGCGUCCCUGUGUGUGAGUUGUUACUAUAGAAACCAUAACACAGUGGAAUGAAUGCAUUAAUUUAAACUUGUCGUUCAUGUUACAGCUGGAAUUUCUCGAGCUGUUACACAGAAACAGUGCACACCUUCUGACCAAUCAGAUGUGAGCAUUCAGCCGUACUCUCGUAUAAAUCUCUAUAUCGCACAAGCCUAACACACAUACAGUACAUAUACACUCUUGUAUGUGUAGAUAUACAAUACAGUAUAAUAUAUUCUGAAGUAGACCGUUUAUCAGGCAUUUCCAGAUGUACUUUAGUUAAAGCAGCUUGGGUAUUUCUGCUUUUUUAGACGCACACUUGUAAACGUGUAAAAGUGUACUCAGCUGGUCUGAGGGAGCAGCAGUGGAGUUCCUGGUAGCAGAUACGGACCAACGUGUUGUUCACACUACAUCUGUACUAUUAGUCGUGUAAAAGUGUUGAAACUCUUUACAUUAAAAUAUUAUGCAAAAUA